AUGGGUACCGGGUUUCCCCUUCCUCUGUGCCUCGCUUGGGACCCACGAGUGAUCCCAGGGAGUGACCUCCGCGUCUUCGGGGCCUACGGGAUCCGGUCCUCCAGCCUCUCCAGCUUUCAUCCUCCCCUCCUCCCGGAGCUCCAGACGGCUGGAAGUUCUCUGCCCAUCCAGGUGUUCCCGCUCUUCUCGGGGCCUCUCCUGUCCUGUGACUUGGCCGAGACAUCUUAUCUGCCUAGACACCCACCCAUACCCUCCGUUCCCUUCAAACCUCGAACUCCCAAGCCAAGGCCAUCUCUGAGUCGCUCCCGGCCCCCACGACACCUUCUGCUGGUCUUCCCCUUUCUUCCACGGCCCUGGAAGCUCCUGCCUCGACUAAUGAUCUCAGGCAGAUUUCCACAAUAG